AUGGAAGAUUGGAACAUGCUUGGUGCGGAUUGUGUUGUGAUAUCAUGUUGCUGCCAAUGUUUAAUGUUGCAAAUUCUUGUUUAUGUUUUGCUCAAGCUUCCAUCAAAAUUGUCUAUUAGGUUUCGAGAAGAGAUCGUCACGAUAGCACUAAGAGAUGGUACUUCAGGACAAAAUGGUAAUGAUAGCGGGUCCUGUAUGGAUGAAGUUGAAAAAGUGAUGGAAAAAUUUUAUGAAAAUGGAGAACGGCAGUCUUACUCACUUGGAGCUCGCCGCCCUGCUCAGAUCCCUCGGGGUCAAGCUGGCGACGAGCUCCAUGCCUUAUUAUCCAAGAUGGAUAAGAAUGGCAAUGGAUACGUCGAGUUUGACGAACUUGUCCAUGUCCUAAUUCCUCGUGAUUCCUCAGUGUUUGAUCGCGACGGUAAUGGAUUCAUUACCGCCGCAGAGCUGGCCGGAUCCAUGGCCAGAAUGGGACAGCCGCUCACGUACCGUGAGCUAGCCGCCAUGAUGGCUCAAGCCGACAGCAAUGGCGACGGUGUUAUAAGUUUUGAAGAGUUUGUUAAUAUUUUGGCAAAAUCUGCUGCUGAUUUUCUUGGUAUUAAGGUGGCGUAG